AGCCUUAGAGACAGAUGCAUCCUGGGAUAGUCUAUUUACAGCAUCUCACGGACAGAACCAAGACUCAUCCACUCGUCCUCAAUCUACCAACACCCAACAUUAAACAACAACAGGAAAGAAGUUCAAUAAGGCCUGGAGACCAUGGGGGACCAGAGGGCGCUGGAGAACACGUUGGACCAGAGGGUGCUGCAGCCCACGGGGGACCAGGCAAGGCAGCAGGAGACCACUGGCAGUACGCCGGACAGCCAAGAGACAACAAGCAGUCCGGCGAGUGUGGAGCGUGGCCUGGCAAGACAGGGCAUGGAGCGUGGCCUGGCAAGGUGGAAGUGGGCUGUGGAGCAGGGCCGGACAAGACAGACAUGGGCUGUAGAGUUUGGUAGCGUGCCUGAUGAGGAAUCAUGGCAUGCUGGACUCUCAGAGGUUGGAGCCACUAGGGAUGGAAGGGGUGGAGCUGCUGGAGACUCAGGGGCAGAGCCACUGGAGGCAAAGUCUCAGGGGGCAGAGUCGCUGGAGGCGGAGACCCAGGGGUCAAGUUCAUAUGGCAAGACAAGGAAACCACAUGACAUGAAACAGGAGCAGUGGUCAAGGCAGCACUGCAUGACAAGACAGACGUGGAAACAUGGCAUGGCAGACGUGGCAUGGCGAGGCAGACGUAACAGACAAGGCUUCAGGCGCUGGCCCUGGGACAGAAAAGGCUUCUGGUGCUGGCUCGUGGACCGUGGCAAGCAUGGGCACAGGCUUGUGGACCGUGGCAGGCGUGGGCACUGGUUCAUGGUCCGUGGCAGGCGUGGCGAUGGAUGUGGUGGUGGACUCUGAUGGAGUUUCACUGUAGGAGUGCUGAGAUCAUAAACCAGUCCCACAGUAAAUAGCAAACCACUCAAGAACAGAUCAUAGUAUAUAUUCAUCCAGAGUCCAAUUAAUUACUCUUGCAGGCAACAGAGAAUGGAUGGGUUCGCUUUAUUCCAUAUGGAAGAACAGCUUGACCAGAUGAUCACCGGUCUCCUAAUCACACAGUCCACAAAAUUCUCAAUGAGAUGAUUCCCCUGAUGG